AUGGCCGAAAAGUCGCCAAAAUACCGCCAAGAGAUACACAUAGGUUGUGAAGCCAAUACUACUCAUGGACAAUUGGAAGUGAUGUUUGUCUCCGGCGAUGAAUCUGAUCCAUCAGAUAACACUACGGACUUGAUUGAAGAGCUAAUACGUCAGCAAGUGAUGGAAAUGGUAGAUACUGUACCCCCUCCCCUGACAAUAUAUCUGGAUUUCUUAACGUCAAUCCAGCGUGCACGGGGUACCUCGCUCGCAGCUCGUCGUGGUUCUCGUUCUAUCUCUGCCGAUGAUCUUCUUUUCUUGAUUCGCCACAAUAAAACCAAAACCGCACGCCUACAAAGAGUCCGCAGGAGCGCGAAAGAUUCCGAGGACCAGACAUUACCGGACGAAGAGGACUUCGGGCUCAUUGAUGAUACGCAGGCUGGAACAGAAACUAGUGCACCCGUCGACCCCGUGGUAAAUUCUCAAGGCAAGAAACGAAACCCGGAAUACAUUGGGAUAUUGGCAGCCUAUAUUCGAUUGAUCUUUUGGGGUCCGAAGGCCUUGAAAAAAAGAUCGGGAAUGAGCAAAACGAGGCAAUUUUCGGCGGCUUGUUGCUGCGGACGAACGCACCAAGAAAUAUCGAUGGAGGAAUACCUUCUCUGGUCGGAAUAUCGGCAUGCUUCCUUUACCUUUCGCCGAGCCAAGCGGUUUCGUGCCAGGGCUGCGAUUGAUACCCUCAUCGAUGCCAAACCUGAAGAUGAUGUGAUCGAUGUUUUGGGAUUUCUAGGGUUUGAUGUCGUCCAAACCUUGACUGAGGAGGCGCUGGAAGUAAAGGAGAAAGAAGGCCAAUUCGAUGCUGACAAUCGGAUCAAAGCCAUAUGCGAUGCCGCGGGAAGUUAUAUACAUGAUGGUGGUCCUUUCAGCGCGAAAAAGGUCUGCCGUAAGAGGGCCCUUACUCCCAAAUAUAUACGCGAAGCAUUCCGCAGGUUACAGGCGACACCUCGUCGAUCUGUUGCGCUUUUAUUGAAAGAUGGACGGAUUCCGCCAAACCUCCCCGUAACGUUGGCCUGA